AUGACGACACCCAUAAAGAAAGGCGAAAUAGAGCAGGCACCAACCCCUCAAAACACACCAGCAUCUGUCUCUGGCUCGUAUUUGAAUAAGGCCCAGCCACCUUCUAUUCCAACUACUAUUAAGGAGGAUGAAGAGCUACGGCAGAAAUUACUCACAAAUCCAGUGUUACUUUCUGCUAUUCAGGGAAAGCUUAAUACAUUGAUUGGUCAAGACAGUGGCUAUUUUGAUCAACUUCCAAUGAUUGUGAAAAACAGGGUGUACGGCCUUAAGAGUCUACAGGAAGAGCAACUAAAGUUGGACAUGGACUUUCAGCGGGAGUUAUUUGAGUUAGAAAAGAAAUAUCAGAAAAAGCUCAAACCCUUAUAUGAAAGUAGACGCGAGCUCGUGAAGGGACUUAAGGAGCCUAGCAAACAGCAAAUUGAGGAUGGAAGAAUAUUGGUCGAAGGUGAAGAUGAUGAUGAACCUAAGGAGGACAAAAUUGAGGAGGUGGAAGAAACUGCAGAAGAGGAUUCUGAAGGAAUUCCAAGCUUCUGGUUAACUGCCUUAGAGAAUUUAAACCCCGUGUCAGAUCUAAUAAGCGACAGGGAUGCUGACGCAUUGAAAUUCCUUGAUAAUGUAAGAAUGGAAUAUUUGAAGACACCUGGAUUCAAAUUAAUUUUUGAGUUUAAACCGAAUGAAUUUUUCAAGAAUGAGGAAUUAACCAAGACAUAUUACUAUCAAAAGGAAUUGGGCUACUCAGGCGACUUCAUAUAUGACCACGCAGAAGGCUGCGAGAUUGACUGGAAGGAUAACGAACACAAUGUUACAAUUACAGUUGAGACCAGAAAGCAAAGGAACAAGCACACAAUGCAGGUGAGAACUAUAAAGAAGUUGACACCAAUUGAUUCGUUCUUUAAUUUCUUUGAUCCUCCAAAGCCACCAGCCUCUGACGAAGAUGGGGAAGAAGAGAAAGAAGAUAAGGAUGCUAGCGCACAAAAUGCUGAAAAUGAAGGGGACGAAGAAGGUGAUGAGGGAGAAGGUGACACAGAUCUAGAGCAAAGACUGCAGAUGGAUUAUGAGGUUGGCGAGCUAAUUAAGGACAAGCUCAUUCCACGUGCUGUUGAUUGGUUUACGGGAGAAGCAUUACAGUAUGAGUAUGACAACGGUGAAGAAGAGGAGGACGACGAAUUUAACGAGGAGGAUGAAGAAGACGAGGAAGAUGAGGAAGACGAGGACGAAAGUAAGGAGGGUGAUGAUGCUGACCAUACGAAAAAAGCUACGAAGGUUCAGCCACAGGAAUGCAAGCAGCAGUAA